AAAUGGAAGUUGAAAAGCAGAGAGAAAGAGUAGAUAAGGCCAAGGGUGAAGGAAAUAGUGGUGGGUUUCAACCAUAAUCAUGGUCAUGGCUUCUUCAUCAACCAUAUUGCCUUCAUCACUCAUCGCAGGAACAACCUUUUCAAUUAACUCACCAGACAAGCAACGGUUGUUCCUUCCAAAUGGUUAUAAUUACAGGUUACAAAAGAAGAGAGUUUCCUUCACUGUCACAGCAGCCAAGCCCCCUGCUGGUGUGGAAUUUCCAAAAGUACAGCCACAAUUUCAGGCUCCAUUUCUUGGGUUCACAAGGACAGCAGAGAUAUGGAACUCUAGAGCUUGCAUGAUUGGAAUCAUUGGAGUUUUCAUUGUAGAAUUUUGACAGGUAGCAUACUGACGUGGAAGGUUGCGCCAUGCGUCGCAAUGCUAUUUGUCCACGUAUCUGUUUGUGCCAUGUGUCGCAACAGUAUUCGUCCACAUAUUAUCCAUUAUGUCAUGAUUGUAAUUUGUAAAUGCACCAAAUUAGUCCCUUAUUUUACGUUAAGUGACUCAUUUUAGUUUCUAAAAUUGAAUGUUGUGCACAAAACUAGUCUCUUAGUUUUUUUCUCCUUUUUUUUUUAUAAAUUCAAGAUGCUUUUGUAAAAUAUUUUUUCUCUUGCGGGUACUUUGAACUGCUGUCUUGGAGUUGACAUAAAGAUAUUUCAAGCACCUCCCACUACCAUCUCUGACCUCUUUCGUCUAGACUGAGGAGGUCGGAGAUGGUAGUAAGGGUGCUUGAAAUGCCUUUAGUCUAGCCCAUUUAUACAUAAUGAAAACUUGUAUUUCAUAAGAAACGAAAACAAUAUGUAUUUGAGUUCUUGAUUUCUUGUUUAAAACACAUUUUUUGAUGAAAAAUUGUGUCUAAUCAAUCAUAUAAUUUUUUUUAUAAUAACAUACUUAUAUAUUACAAAAUUUACCAAUGUUAAAUUAUUAUAGAAAAAAUAUAUAAUUAAAACAAAAACUUUAAAUUUUUUUAUAAAAACACUCAUAUUUAAGUGUGAAAAAAUAGAAUUGAAAUUAAUACAUCUAAAAUACUGAAAAUUUUUAAUUUUUUAAAAAAAUGAGAAAAAACGGGUAAAGGGACUAGUUUGGUGCACCACAUUCAAUUUUAAGGAUUAAAAUGAGUCACUUAACGUAAAGUGAGGGACUAAUUUAGAGCAUCUAAAAUAAUGAUAUAAUUGAUGACACGUAGACGAAUACUAUUGCGUGACACGUGGCACAAGCAGGUACGUGGCCAAAUAGCAUUGUGACAUGUAUCACAACCAUCUAUAUUAGCAUGCCAUGUGUCACUGGUCAACACAUUAUCAUACCAUUAUACGUGGCCAAAUCAUGGAGUGACACGUUUCACUAACAUGCCAUGUCAUCAAGUCAUGUUAUCACGCCAUUAAUAAAAAAUGGAACAGAGACUAAUAUGAUACAUUUUUGUCAAUUUCAGAAAUGUAAUUAGUGCAAUUAGAAUCUUGGAGACGAUUUUAGUGCACGACGCCAAUCUCAGUUAUCAUUUUUGGGUUUAACUCGACAAAAUAUGAAUUCAAAAGUAAGUGUCAAGAAUGGGAUUAAAGCCCAUGUUUUGUCAUAGGGUUAUUAUAGCUUUGUUAGGUAUUAAAACGGGCCAAAAGCCCAACCCAAAUGCCUGGAUUUUUUCAUUUCCUAAAUUUAAUCGUAUUUGGGUUCA